AUGUCUAUACGUUCAAGUAAGCUACAUUUUCGAUUAAAUGAGACCAAAGGUUCACUCAAUAAGUUUUUUCAGGUAUAUUUCGAACGAAUACCUUUUAGUCGCUGUAAUUUACUUGUGGAAGAUCAAAUAAUCCACAACGAUUUUGAGCUUCAAAAUAUACUUGCCCACACACCACCCGGCAAGAUUAUACAUGCUAAGCUAAUGAAAACGAACACUGCUCUUCUUAUCGCACCAGUGACUCGGAAUAUUACUGUAUCAGAGCAUGCGAACGCUAAUAGAAACAAUGUGUCCUCUGCUACUAUUACUUCAUAUAACAAUGAUCUACGCAGAGACUCGGGGAUUGCUUUCUUCGAGCAGGAUCUAAUCAAAUUCACAAUCAACAAAAAGGGUGACAACAACAGCAAUAAACGAGGAAGCAGCGCAUAUAUAUCACCUGCAACAACGCCAACUCCUACUUAUCACAAUAGCCCCGUCUUACCAUCUCAAAACACGGAUAACUCAGAAAACAACACAGAUAAGGUUCGUUUACCAGGUGUUCAUUCGCUCCUAUUCAAUAACAAUAGCCACUAUUAUCAACAUCCGUCAUCAUCCAUUCCUUCUUCUUCCUUCGCGCCCAUGCCUCCUACACCGCCUACACCACCAUUGCCAUUCAUAACUACACCGAGACGAAGCUCUUACUGUCCUCCAACGGCUAUGACCAAUGCUACCCCUUAUCUUCAACAAUAUAAUAGUAGAAGGCACUCAGCAGCAUCUAUUGUGCAUCAGAAUAAACUGACCUCUUCCACAACCAAGUUAUUAAAGAGACAACUACAGCAACACACAUUUAUCUGUGACCAUGUCGUCGAUUCUAAAACCGGUGAGCGUUGCUCUCAAUCCUUUCGUCGUUCUUAUGAUUUGUCAAGGCAUCAGACAAUUCAUCUAAAAAAUCGACCUUUCUGUUUAUGUCACUUCUGUGGUAAAAAGUUUACUCGGUUAGACGCUCUUCGAAGGCACGAACGUAUUCAAGGCCAUGUAUUACAUUGA